UUUCUCAUUUUACAAUUUUUGAGAGUCGACAAAUUUGAUCUCGAAAAAACUAAAUACAGAAUCCGAAACUAUUAUAAGCAUCGGUCCAAUGUACCGGAAUGGUAUAGCAGUAAGGAUCCGUUUCAACCGGAACUGCAAGAGAUACUUAAUCUGGGAAUAUUUUUGCCCUUGCGAAAACCGGAUAAUCAAGGAAGAACGAUUUACCUUGUGCGCGCAGCUCGGCAUGACCCGAGAAUACACAAAAUAUCAAAUCUAGCUAAGAUCUGUGCAAUGGCGUUAGAUGCGGCGAUGAAAUAUAAUGUCGCAGGAUCUGUAUAUGGUUAUACAUGGUACGUAGGUGUAUCCAAUGCAACUACAGGCCAUAUUUUUCAAUUGACACCGUCUACGUUAAAAAAUUUGGUCGAUACAUGGCAAAAAUGUUACCCGCUAAGAUAUCAGAAGAUUGUUCUUUUCAACGUACCAACAAUCUUUUAUAUUGUUGUGAGGAUUCUCAGAUCUUUCAUGACACAAAAGUUAAAAAACAGAUUUUACGUCUACUCCCACCAGAACUGUUUUGAAGAGAUUCCAACUGAUGGCUUGCCUGUCGAAUAUGGCGGUACCGGUGAAACAAUUCAGGAGUUAACAGGUAAUUACGGUAAAUUACAUAAAUGUUAAUGGAAUACUGGAUAAUAUAAUAUAAAAGAUGUAUUGCUAAUGUUUACUCUAAAGCAGGUAUUGCUGGAGAAAAAAUAAACGUCUCAGAAU